GGGUGUGUGUGUGUGUCGCUGUUUUUGCCUCUCCACGCCCCCCAUCUUUCAUCCCAGUGCUCCCAUAGGUUCGAUGCAAAGGUAACAGAGGGACCGGGGGCUCUAUAAAGAUCAACUUUGUUCACGCGGCCUCUUUGCUCGUUUCACUUCUUCAGUCUCACUCGCUAUCCAUCACCACACACGCCAAAAUGCCCAGCAGGAGGAAGAAGAACAAGCGUCGCAUGAGGAGGGUGCAGGCCCAGAGGAGAGCCCUCGAAGAGCAGCAUGCAGCCAACCCCCCAGUGAAAGCGAGUCCUGGGAUUGCAGUGUGUGCGCCCCCUGUGGGAGCACCAAAGAAAGCUGCUAAAGCUCCAGCUCCAGCUAAGAUCGAAGCGCCUGUUCCUGUUGCUGUCCCCAUUGUGCCGACCCCUGUAGUAGAACCAGAACCUGUUGUUGUGCAAGAGCCAGAACCUGUUGUUGUGCAAGAGCCAGAACCUGUUGUUGUGCAAGAGCCAGAACCUGUUGUUGUGCAAGAACCAGAACCUGUUGUUGUGCAAGAACCUGAACCUGUUGUUCUGCAAGAACCUGUCGUCGAGCCCGUCCCAGUCGAGUUAGCGGCACCAGAGCCUGAGGCUGUGGUGUUGGAACAGACUCCAGCAGAAGCUGAGGUUGAAGUCCCAGCCCCUGAAGAACCAGUCGUCGAGACUACUGAACAGGAGGCUGAACCAGUCAUUCCUGAAACAGAACCUGUAACGGAGGUUGAACCCCCAGCUGAGGCUCCAGUUGCAGCUCCUGUUGAGCCUGAGGUUCAGACAGAGCAGACUGUAAUCACACCCACAGAGACUGAACAGACGCAUGACGUCUGCGAACCAGAGACUGAAGUGAAGACCAUCGAAGCAGUUGUUGAGGCUGAGGUGGAAGUGGCCGUCACAGACAAUGUCACCGUACCAGAGACCGUAACCGAAGCCGCUGAAGCACCGGUGGUAGAGGCACCUACAAGUGACCAAGUUCCUGCUGAAGCAGAACCUGCUGCACAGGAAGUGGUUACAGAAAUGGUGGUGGAAUCGGUUGAGGUUGCAGAGGUACCUGAGACAGAACAGGUGGCUGAAGCUGUUGUCAGUCCCGCAGCCCCAGUCGAGACAGAAGAGGAAGCUGAAAUAGAAGUGUUGGCUGAAGAUGCACCUGAAGUUCCCGCUGAGCCUGCUGCAGUCACAGAGGAUGUUCCUGCCCAAUCUGUGGAAAUCCCAGUGGUGCCAGUCGCCAUCCCUGAGGCUCCAGUUGAAGAGGCCGAAGUCAAAGAGGUUGAUGUAAAAGAGACUGCAGACACCCAGGAAAUUGCCGACAGCCUGGUUGAUGACUUUGUUGUCACAGAAUCCGUCUCAGCUGUCGAGGUCGCCAUUGCAGAGUCUGCUGCUGUCCAGCCGGAAAUCCUGGAAGUGACUGACACCCUCACCACCCAGUCAGAAUCUGCGCAUGUGACGGCCGCUGAGCCGGAGCCCGUUGCUGCCCCUGUAGAGGAGAUGGUCAUUGGUACAUGGAGCGGUCUUCUCAGUCUCUCCUUGCCUUCCCAGGAUGCCACUCUUGAGCAGAAAUGUUUGGAUGUGCUGUCAGAGCCUAAGAAAGAAAUUUGUGACAUGCCAUGUCAGAUGCAGCUCGCUGUGGAGACUGUGCAGCUCAGCGCAAUGGAGAUGCCAGUGGAACCAGCACUGAAUGGACACAUUGUUCCAGAGGUCUCCAUCGAAAGCUAAAUUCACAUCACACAGCCUGGAAGACCUUUUUUUUGUCUAUUCCCCUUUGGCUGUUUGGAGGACUCAAAGUUUUACAGCUGAUCAUGUUCAUAUUUUAGGGCUUAUGCCAGGAAAUCGAAGGGACAUCCACACUUUGAAGUGCCUUUCCGGCCCUGGUUCCUGUCAAAACACCAAACCAGAUGCCAACAUGCCAAAGCCCGCUGCAGUCACGGCAGCAGAACAGACCUUUUGUCAUACGUGUGCAGAAAUGGAAACAUAUUGUAACUCGUUUUUAAUCUGUAUUUCUCCCCGUAAACGCGUACAGUGUAUUUGCACAAUGGUGGACACAGAAGUGCACGAGAGAUGGACAUUUUUUAAAAAAAAUAAAUGGCAGCGCCUGAUUUCUUAGCAUCUCUCCAGCACAUCUGCUUCUACACUGCAUACACUCACUGCACGUGAAAACUGUAGCGUCAAUGAUUGUGGACUUGAUGUUGUUCAUAAGGGUGGGAGGGACAACUUGUUCUUUUUUGUUUCACAUUUCAAAUGUUCUUACACUCAGAUGCAUCUACAAACUUCCCCCUAGCCUCUUUCUGUCCCUGUCUAUGUCCUGCAGUUCGCCUCUCUGCCUCAUAAGUGCCAGCGCUUAAAGCUAGUGUGACACGUAAUCACAGAGCUUUAGGUUUAAUGGCUGCUUGAAAAAUGACAGUUUGAGGGGAUGAGCUGAGAGGUCAUUUUCUCCUUUGUCUUCACUUUUUUUUAUUUCCUUUUGUAUAGACCAUAUCAUGUGCUACAGUUUUGUGUUCAAAGCCUGUGCUCUGGAGGGGAAGUGUAAUGUGAUCUGGUGAUGGGGAUCACUGUUGGGCAAGUGAUGAGCUGACUUGAUCCAUCUUUUUUGAAAUAAAGCUGUAACUCAUUGUUAA